CCCGACUACCAGCAGCCCGCCCCUGCCGACCACCACGACCCCUCCAUCUUCAGCAGCAAUGUCCACUUCCAGCUCCCCGCCCUCAUCCUCGGCGCACCCACCCGCGUCCAAUCCGCCUUCCCAAAGUACCAGCAGCACGUCUACCCCCAGCCGUCUGCACCUCCCGCCCACUACCAGCCCUCCCCGCUCAUCCCGACCUCCCCAGAUCCCUCCCUCCACUCGUCCUACGCCCCUGCUCGCCUCGUCCAGACUCCCGUCUCCGCCACGCGCAGCCCCUACCCCGACCCCCCGCCCCACCCCGUCGUCUUCCCCACGUCCCUCGGCCUCCCCGUCUACUCCACCUCCGGCUUUGACUUUCUCGCCCUCCUCACCGCGCUUACCGGCUACUCCGAGCAAGAGGUCCUCGGCCGCAACUGCCGCUUCCUCCAGGCCCCCGGCGGCAGGGUCCUCCGCGGAGAGCCCCGUCGCUACACCGCUCCCGAGGCCGUCCACGCCCUCAAGGACGCGUGUGCGUCCCACAAAGAGUGCCAGACGAGCAUCAUCAACUAUCGCAAGGACGGUCAGGCCUUCAUCAACCUCGUCACCAUCAUCCCCGUCCCCGCCGCCGACCACGAAGAGGUCGCGUACUACGUCGGCUUCCAGGUCGACCUCGCCGAGCAGCCCAGCGCGAUCCUCCAAAAGCUCCGCGACGGCUCGUACAUGGUCGACUACUCGCGCAGCGCGCCCUUCAGCGCGCCCAGUGCGCCCGUGCAGCGCAACUGGCGGACCGCCUCCGCCGCCAUGUCCGGCGUGUCCAGCGAGCUGCACGACGCGCUCUCUGAUGCCACCUUUCUGCAGAGCUUUGCCUCCGCGCUGCCCGGUAGCGCUGGCAGCGGCGUCGUUCCCGGCAGCGCAACUUCGGCGGCCGCCACCACGUCUUCGCCCGCGAAUGAACAGUCGGCGGACCCGUACGACAGCAACAAGCCGCUCAACCUGCUCCUCCUCGCCGCCACCCCCGACUUUGUGCACGUCGUCUCCCUCAAGGGCGUCUUCCUCUACGUCGCCCCGUCCGUGCGCGACGUCCUCGGCUACGAGCCCGCCGAGCUCGUCGGCCGCUCCCUCGCCGAGUUCUGCCACCGCGCCGACGUCGUCCCGCUCACGCGCGAGCUCAAGGACAGCUCCGUCACGCCCGGCUCCGGCGCGCCCGCGCCCGCGCGCACGGAGAGCCGCAGGAAGGUCGACCUGCUCUUCCGGAUCCGCACCAAGCGCGGCGAGCUCGUCUGGCUCGAGUGCCGCGGGCGGCUGCACGCGGAGCCGGGCAAGGCACGCAAGGCGAUUAUCCUCUCGGGCCGCGUGCGGAGCAUGCCGCAGCUCGAGUGGGGCCCCGUCGCGCGCGGGGGCGGCCUCGCGCCCGCGACGACCGUGGUGAAGUGCGAUCCGGAGGACGGCGAGGAGACGCGGGUGGAGGAGCAGCACGAGUUCUGGGGGCUCGUGAGCGCGGGCGGGACGUGGCUCUUUGCGGGGCACGCCGUCGCGGACGUGUUGGGCUGGGGCGCGACGGAGGUGAUCGGGCGGAUGGUGCAGCGCGCGCUGAGCGAGGCUCUCGCGGUGGUGGUGGCCACCCCGUCGGCGGGCGGGGAGCAAGAGUCGCGUGCGGUCAACUGCGAUAUGAAGCGCAAGGACGGGUCUCGGAUCUUGGUCCGCGCGGCGCGCGAAGCACCCGUCUGGGCCGGUCCGCGCCCGGUCGUGUGCCAGGUCCGCCGACUGGACGUCAACUCGAUACCGGGCGCGCGUCCGCGGCUCAUGCACUCCGUCACGGAGAGCGUGUUCGCGGAGCUCGGGGCGCGGCGCGAGAGCAGCUGGCAGUACGAGCUGCAGCAGCUCAAGUUCGCCAACGAGCGGCUGCGCGAGGAGGUCGAGGUGCUCGAGGCCGCCGUCGAGGGCGCGGUGCAGCAGCACCAGAAGCGGCAUCGCCACGAGCACCAGCAGGCUCACGUUGCGUCGGAAUGGCGGCCGUCGUAUGCGUACGAUGCCCUGGGCCAUCAGCGCAUCCCGUCAGCACCCGUGUCUUCCAAUCAGCGGCCCAUGAGGCUGCCCAUGAAACGGCCAUGGGAUGCAGAUGACGGACCGACGUAAAGUAUGAUUUGGAGUCCUCGUUUGCUGUCGCUUUCGCUUUCGCAUGUCUAGAUGUUGUCGCAUUCGCUGUCGUUCCGCU